GACGACGGUCAAUGCCGGCCUCCACCCUGGCCCCCUAGUACCACCAUGGAAGACCCGCCCGUUGCUGAGGCCCCCGAUGCCGCCGACGCCCCCGACGCCCCCGAUGCCGCGCCCGUCGUCGUUGACGAGGCCGACAUGAUGGCCAUCCCCGCCGACCCAGACCAGAACCUCGGCGGCGAGGAAGUUGUCCAGCCUGACUUCGACGCUGCUGACCAGCAGAACAUUGCCCUCGAUGGCGCAAAAUCUGCUCUGCCGGGCGAGGGUGUCACUCUGCCCGCCAGGCCUCCGCUCAAGCGCGAGAAGUCCGUCCCCGCACCGCAGCGUCUGCCGCCUCCGGCCCCGCCUGCGCCUGCCUUUGAGGCCGGUCACCAGCCCACCGACUCGCUGUCGCUCAUGCAGCUGAAGAAGCUCGUCACCGACAUGCCCAAGGCAGAGCCGACUCCCUACGCGUUUGAGUACGAGGAUGCUGCGUCGUUUGCUGCCGAGGUGGAAGAGUGGUUCUCGUAUAGCGUCGAGGAGCAGGCCAUGCUGCUCAAGGCACAGUCCUCCUUUGUCGAGGAAUGGGUCGCGCUCGAAGACGGCACCCUUUCGAAUCUGGCGGCAUACGAGCAGGGCGAAAUGGACUGGUGCAAAGCCGAGGCUCCGCGCCGAGAAGAGCUCGUACGGAAGCUGCUUGACAUUAUUCAGCAGCCCGACAAGGAUCCGAGGUUACGGAGCAUGGAGGCUCUGCUGUAUAUUGCCUUGGGAUGCUGGCAUGAGACGGCUGGCCUGGCAUCUCAAACCGGCGAGACUGCUGAGCGCGAGUCUGCAUCGUCAACCGAUAGCGCUGGCGCAAAUUCCAACUACGUCAAGUCAGAGCUGCAGAUAGAAUGGAUUCGAAGAAACAUUCAGAUGAUCUUUGAGUGUGACGGCGUUCAACCCAUCUUUGACGUCAUGCGCGCGGCUUCUUUGCGCGAGUUUGCGACCGAUGUGGUGGAGCAGGAGAUUGCUCCGCAGGAAGAUCGGGAUGCCGACAAACAAGAGCUGUGGUGCUCCCUCACCCUUAUGUACAUGUUCCACGAAGCGGCACGGACGGAGCUUCAAUGGACAGCUCUUCGCCGGAAACUUUCACAACUCAAUCCGAGCAUUGUAGUGUUCUUGAUUGAGAUUAUUACCAGUUUGCGAUGGGACGAUUCCAUUGGGCCUCCUCUGCAAAAGAUCCUUCUUCUUACAUGGAAGACUAUACUAGUCGCCUUUGGAGGCCUAGAAGAGGUGGAUGAGGUUAAAGCAUCUCUCGACGACCCUAUGGAAGAGACUCUGGACAAUCGAGGACAGCCCAUCAUAACAGCAUCACCGCUCGACUACCAUCUCUUCCGCCAAGAAAUCAGCUCCAAGUAUCCCGCCUACAACCCACCGCCUCCGCUUUUCCCGCUUGAACCGGAAAACAAUUCGAUAUUACCGCCCUUGAAGAACCAGCCCAAACCAGGAGAGACCAAUGCUUUUGGACCUAGCAUGGCCAAUGUGAACAGCAACGGCACUUCUAUCCUCAACCAGCCAGUGCAUAUUGCUACGCCUGCUCCUUCGCCGCCUCCUUCGCCUGCCGGACCUGGCGGUAAGGGCGGGAAAAAGCAAAACUACCAAACCAACCAGCUUUUCCCGUUCUUGUAUCCUCCGUUGGACGAAUCGAGUAACAACUUGGGCGGUAAGGGCUCUACUGACUUGCAAGAUAUACUUGUCGGGCGUAAGUGGAAAGGAAGUGAUAUUCCGACCUCGAUUCAAGAAGCAGCGGAGCUCUUUUCGAAGAGAAUGAGGGCCACGCGGGCUAUGAAGCAGUUGUGGGAAGAGCGUGUUCUCUUCAUGAAGUAUGAACGGGGCUGGCUGGGCUCCGAGGAUAAGGAUGUUGAUCCCUUGGACCUAAGCUCGAAGCUAGAAAAGGAGCAAGACAAAAAGGAUCAGGCCCACGAUCAAAAGAUAGAAGAUACUCCCGAGGCAAGGGUUGCAGCAAAAUUGCAACAGGUCGAGGAUUUCUAUAGAGUCAUCCUUCCCCAUCUGCAGUCACUGGUCAUUGUUCUCUUGAGGACUUUCUUGUCCCACUUAGCUACUCUGGCGCUGCAGAACAAUGCGCCCACUUCCGCGUUCCCUGACACUCAAAAUGGAACUCAAGCCGGAAGGCCUGAAGGAAACGGCAUCGCUGGUUCGAUGCCGGAUGUUUCGAAGGUUCCAGUCGAGGAACUGGACAGGACCAGGACAGAAGAGAUUCAAGACAAGGCCGCCUCCGGUAUACUCAUACUUCUGCUCAAGUGGUUCAAAGUAUCCCACAUUCUGAAGUUCGAGUACCUGACGCAAUUGUUGGUCGAUUCUAAUUACAUUCCGUUGACACUGAAGCUCCUUCAACUGCAAGAAAUCGAAAAGGCGAUCAACUACAAGUGCGACAGAGACGAUCUGAACUUCUUUUCUUUCUGUCGCACGCAUUCCCGCGAGGGCAGCAAUGAGGAGGCAGCCAACGAAAACCCGAUGGAAGAGGAUGAAGUCGACGAAGCAGUUCCACCACCCAUCAAGCGGCGGGCGUCUUCAGACAACCUCCCAGAAGCCCCAGAGCCACCCACCAGCGCGCUCCCGGCACCACCAGAAGUAGAUGAGCUUGGAAUCCCACUAAGCGAUCUACCAACCGCGCCCAUAACGUCCUUUUCGUGGCGCAACUUCUUCACCAACAUCAACUUACUGCGGAUCAUGCAAAAGCUGUGCAAGAACAAAGCGCACCGCAACUUGAUGCUAGUGCAAUACAAGUCGUCGCAAUACCUGCGCAAGAGCCUGCGCAUCCCGCAGCCCCAAUUGCGACUGUAUACGCUCAAGCUAUUCAAGAACCAAGUGCCGUACUGCGGGCGCAAGUGGCGGCAGUCCAACAUGCGCGUCAUCACAGCCGUGUACCUGCACUGUCGGCCCGAACUGCGCGACGACUGGCUCGCAGGCUCGGACGUGGACGCCGACGUCGACGAGAGCGUACCGCUGGAGCAGGCCCUGCGCGCCCUCACGCACUGGUUCAACCUCAAGCACUACCCCGAGCGCCUCGGCGCGGACAGGGGCGCCCUCGACCGCGACCGCGACUUCUUCCGCAUGGAGCUCGAGAAGAUGGGCUGGGGCGAGGAUUUUGCGGCUGGUGCGGGGGUGCCGGAUGAUGGCGAGUGGGAGGGCCAGAAUGUGGGCGUUGGAAACGUCCCCGGCAUGAUGGGCGAGCAGUGGCAGGGGUAUUAGCGAGCGCAUAGGUACGGU